CACGUGCAUUCUUUCUUAAUUUUUCGAGAGCACUGUGAGUGACAGAAAAUAUUAAACGUGAUGGCUGUUCCGAAUUUGGAAAGCCUUUACAAGAAAGCUGAGAUGGCGGAGGGGGAUAUAGAAGUACUAAAAAAAGAAAUUUUGACGCUUAAUGAUUUAUUAAAAAAAAGAGGCCCUGAUGCUUCUGAAUAUUCCAAUGAAGAAUUAGAGAAAUUACAGGAGGACAAUUCAAAAUUGCAACAGGAAAAUGUCAAACUAAAACACCGUAUUGCCAUCUUGAAGAGGACAGUGGAAGUGUACAAAGAGAAAGAAUUUGCUAGAGAAUCUUCAAAUUCGAACGCCCUAAUUUGUAUCGAAGAUGCUCUUUACAAUCUUUUCGAAAAAGCAAUCGUUGCUGCAUAUCCUGAGAUUCCGGAUCCUCCAGUUGAUAUAAAUAUCACAGGAAAGAAUCCCAAAUUUGGCGAUUACCAAUGCAAUAGUGCUAUGUCUCUUUCACAGUAUUUCAGAAAACAAGGCAAAAUCGUCCCUGCUCGCGAUAUCGCGAAUAAUAUAGUUGCUCAACUUUCGGACUCGCCACUUGUCGCGAAAGUGGAUGUCGCUGGAGCAGGAUUUAUAAAUAUUUUCCUAAAAAAGGAGUUCGGACUGACGUCUCUGACGAAUCUGGUGAAGGCUGGGAGAGUCUCGCCGCCGCCAUGUACACGAAAGAAGAGGAUCGUCGUGGACUUUUCGAGUCCCAAUAUCGCAAAAGAGAUGCACGUUGGACAUUUGCGAUCGACGAUUAUCGGCGACAGUAUAUCUCGUCUUCUAGAAUAUUUGGGUCACGAUGUGCUCAGACUGAAUCACAUCGGCGAUUGGGGAACUCAAUUCGGAAUGUUGAUCGCUCAUCUGCAGGACAGAUUUCCGAAUUACCUGACCGUCUCGCCCCCUAUUUCGGAUCUGCAAGGCUUUUACAAGGAAUCGAAACUGAGGUUCGACGAGGACAAGGAUUUUAAAAAUAGGGCCUACAGUUGUGUCGUCAAAUUACAGGCUCACGAUCCUGAUAUUAUAAAAGGCUGGCAAUUAAUUUGUGAUGUUUCUAGGAAAGAAUUUCAGAAUCUCUAUUCCCGAUUGGAUAUUAAUUUAAUAGAAAGAGGCGAGUCCUUUUACCAGAAACGAAUGGAGGCACUCGUUAAAGAAUUAGAGUCUCGAGAAUUCCUCGAAGAAGAUGAAGGACGGAAAAUUAUGUGGGGCAUUGAUGGGCAAACGGGCGGUGGAAUUCCAUUGACAAUCGUGAAAUCCGAUGGAGGAUUUACCUACGACACUUCAGACCUCGCGGCCGUGAAGCAACGCGUCGAGGAGGAAAGAGCAGACUGGUUGAUCUACGUGACCGACUCGGGUCAAUCCGUGCAUUUCCAGACGAUCGAGAGUUGCGCGAGAAGGGCCGGAUUUUUGACAAACCGGCACAAAAUGGACCACGUCGGUUUCGGCGUCGUCCUCGGCGAGGACAAGAAAAAAUUCAAAACCCGGUCCGGCGACACCGUCAAAUUGAGUGAUCUGCUCGACGAGGGCUUGAAGCGCGCCCUCGAGAAGCUGCGGGAGAAGGAGCGCGACAAGGUUUUGAAUUCUGAGGAAUUGAGACUCGCCCAGGAGUCGGUGGCCUACGGCUGCAUAAAAUAUGCCGAUCUCUCGCACGACCGGAACAAGGAGUACGUAUUCUCCUUCGAGAAGAUGCUCGAUGACAGGGGCAACACGGCCGUUUAUCUGCUCUACGCCUUGACGAGGAUCCGCUCGAUCGCGAGGAUGGCCAAUCUCUCGAGGGAGGCCUUGAAUCGAGCCGCGGAGACGACGCCGAUUUCGAUCGAGCACGAGAAGGAGUGGAAAUUGGCGAAAGUCUUGUUGAGAUUUCCGUUCACUUUGCUCAAAGCCAUCAAGGAUUUGGGUCUGCACUCGAUUUGCGAGUUUUGCUACGAGAUUUCGACGGCCUUUAGUGAGUUUUAUGACAGUUGCUACUGUCUGGAGAAGAAUAAGGCGGGCGAAAUUAUUCAAGUUAAUCUGGGGAGGAUUCUUCUCGCGGAAGCCACGGCGAUGAUUUUGGAACAGUGCUUUGCCCUUUUGGGUUUGAAACCCGUGGAAAAGAUGUAAUGAUUGGAAAAUUUGGGACUUUUUUUUAUUUUUUAAAAUAUAUUUAUUUAUGAGUAUAAAUAUAUUUAUAUUGG